AUGGAACAAGUUCCAAAAGUCAUUGAACGCAGCCUCCCAAAUGGGGUCCGAUAUGACCUGACUUCGCCCGGCUACGUCACCAUUUCGCUACCACCGACCUCGACAUGGUCCAGCGGUCUUCACUGGCACGAAAGCCACACGGAAUACUUGAAGGUCGUCCGAGGCAGCAUCAAGGUCCGGGUGGGAACCGUUGAGCGUAUCGUGUCGGCGACGGCUGCCAACCAGCCAGAGAUCAAGGUCGAUAAAUAUGUUUGGCAUGAAUGGCGACGUGCUGAACUGGGCGGAGAAGAAGUUGUUGUCAUUGAGAGGACUGAUCCCGCUGAUGGACAAAAGGCACUCUUCUUCUGGAACCUCAAUGGCGUGAUACUCAAUGUUCCAAAAAUGAUGGACGAGCCAUCAUCGUUCUUGUCGCGAUGUCCGAACCUGAUCGCCCAACUGCUCUUGACGCUGUUAAUUGAGUUGAACCUCAUGGUCAUCUUUGCACACCUAGACAAUGUGCCGGCAUUUUUCAACUUACCGAACUCAAGAUUGCGAGUCGGCAACCUUUUACCAGUGGGCAUCUUGGUAGCGAUGGAAUGGUUUGUAUCGCACUUCAUCUUGUCCAUGGCUGCAUUGUUGGGAUGGCUUGUCGGCCUUCACCCGGUGACACGACAUUAUACCCCCGAACAAGAAUUCGCCGAUUGGGCGCAAAGUAGAGAAUACGGUAGAAAGAAUGACUGA